ACCAUAAAUGCAUUAAAAUAUCAAUAGUUUCUUCCAGUUUAUAGAUCAAAAUUAAAAACAUUUCAGUUACCAAUAAAUAUAAAUAUGCAUCCAGCAAUAUCAAAGAGUUGAAAGUUUUUGCAGCUAUAAAAGGAAAAAUAUCUUUUUCCAAAUAUCUUACCUAAUUUUGCCUUAUAAAUUUCAAUUUGACUUCUUCUGCAACACUCUAUAUAUUACAAACCAAACCAAAUAAAAAAGAGAGAAAAAAGGAUUAUUGAAGAAGAAGAGAAUAUGUCAAAGAUUAACAUAGUUAUCUUUGCAGCACUUUUACUUAGCUUCAUGGUUAUUGCUUCAGUGGCUCGUCCCGACUUGACUCUACAGAGCAAAUCAACGGAAAUGGAGAAGAACUGUGAAACGGAGGAGUGUUUGAUGAAAACGACAUCAGAUGCUCACCUCGAUUACAUCUAUACCCAAAAUCCUCCUCCGAUACCACAUGCAUCUAAAGAGAUGGAGACAAAGUGUGAAACAGAGGAAUGUUUAAUGAAAACGUCGUCGGAUGCACACCUCGAUUACAUCUACACCCAAAGAUCUCCUCCAAAACGGCAUGCACUUUAAAGUUAAAUCCCAAAUUAUAUUCAAUCAUCAUUCCAUAUAUAAUGUUGUGAUAUCCUUCUUAAAUGUCUUAUUUCCCAAAAAAAGACAUUAAAUCAAUGAAAUAAAUAUGAUUACAUGACUAGAUGGUGUUUUUGACCAGAACAUGUAGCUUAUCCUUUUGUGCUACUGAUAAUUAUUUUGCUGAUAAAAAAAAAAAAGACUAGAUGUUUGGGAAGUGAAUAUCAAAAAAACUUAUCUG